GAUCUUAUUUAAAACUUAUCAAUUCAGCGUAACUCGGAAGUGAGCCAAUAGGGAUUUUCCUCGGCUACGGGUAACCGUUUCUCUGUUACCUCUCAAACAGGUCAGCUAGCUAAGCUUACUUGAGAUGGCGCAUACGUAGCGUCUUCUUGCUCACUCUGUUUUGUCAUUCGCUCGUUGUGGCUGAAGUUUCUGCGAUGGCGUAGGGGCAGGGGAGGCGGAGGAGAAGAGAGAGAAAAACAACGGGGAGGGUGGCGCCACCACCGACGGCAGCGUCUGCGUCUCAUGGAGGCCCUCACAUCCCUCUCGUUCUCUCGUCUGUCUCUUUCCUCCCUGCGACGCUACCGAUCGUCAUUCCCCACCUCUCUCCCCCGCUUCUGCGCCACCAGAAACCCUAGAAAAACGCGAGCCUUAGUUUUUGCCUCUUCCGCCGCCUCUUUCGAUGAUGCAAAUGAUAUUAAUUCCAAUGAAAAACCGCACUCUGCCGAGUCGUCCUCAAAGAAAUCCAUUCUCUUAAAUCUGGUCCGAGAGAUUGAACCAUUGGACGUGAGCCUAAUUCAGAAAGAUGUUCCAGCUACCACGGUAGAUGCCAUGAAAAGGACUAUCUCAGGCAUGUUGGGUUUACUUCCUUCCGCUCAGUUUCAAGUUCUAAUUGAGGCUUUGUGGGAACCUCUUUCCAAGUUGUUGGUUUCUUCAAUGAUGACUGGGUAUACACUGUGGAAUGCCGAAUAUCGGCAUUGCCUCGAAAGGAACCUUGAUACAUAUGAUGGAAAUGUCGAAAAGCAAACUUCAGAACAUACUAAACCUGAUGCGCCUGAGUUGUUGCGUGACAGUGCAAAAAUAGUCAAAACCCCUGGAAAGAAAAAGUCAUCAUCCAACUUUGGGGAAAUUCCUGAAAUCCUGCGUGAGGGUAUUGGUAUCCAUGGUUUUGAGGAAAUGACCCCUGAAGCUCAGCAAUAUAUUCUUCAUUUGCAUUCUCGUUUAUCUUCUGUAAAAAAGGAACUUCGUGAAGUUAAGAGGAAAAGUGUGGCUCUUCAAAUGCAGCAGUUUGUUGGUGAAGAAAAAAAUGAUUUGCUGGAUUACUUAAGAUCUCUACAGCCAGAAAAGGUGGCUGAACUGUCAGAACCAACAUCCAUUGAAAUGAAGGAAACAAUCCACUGUGUUGUCUAUGGUCUUCUUGCAACCCUUUCACCAAAGAUGCAUUCUAAAGCUCCUCUAUCAGAGAACACCUUGACUGGGGCCAUAAAUUUUGAAAAUGAAGAUUGUGCUGAAUUUGUUGAGAAUGCAUCUCUUCAGUUCCAGCCCCUUAUCUCUCUAACUCGGGACUAUCUCGCACGUUUGCUGUUCUGGUGCAUGUUGUUGGGACACUACCUUAGAGGUUUUGAGUAUCGAAUGGAACUCAUGGAACUUCUAUCUAUCCCGAGCAGUGCAGAAAAUGAUGCCUAUAGUGGUGAGCAGGGUGCUUGAAACUAACUGCUGUUUUAAUUCCUCAUGGUUACUGCCUGAGAUCUGCGUUCAUUUGUAUAUAGCCAAAUUGUCUUCCAGUAUGAUAUGGCUGUAAGUAAGACUUGAGGGAGUGCAUCUGUAUCUCUAAUUGAGGACAUGUCUGAAUAUUUUUUAUUCCUUCUUCUUCUUGUUCUUCUAAUUUUUUAAGAGAUGAUUUUACGGCAAAGUUAUAUUAACAAAGUUUGUAUACUUUCCCCA